GGCAGUUGGUGCCGCUUUGGGAAGACGUGUGAAGCGGCGAGGAUUAACUGGUGAUUUCCCGCAAUGUUUGGGAAGCGGCGAGGAUAACUGGAGCGAUUCCCGCAAACGUUUGGGAAGCGGUGAGGAUCGCUGGUGAUUCCCUGCAAUGUUUGAGAAGCGGCUGCUGGUGACGGGCGGUGCCGGCUUCAUUGCCUCGCAUGUGAUUAUUUGCCUGCUGGAGAGAUAUCCAGAUUAUUUGAUCAUAAAUUUGGACAAGCUUGAUUACUGUGCAAGCUUAAAGAACUUGAAAUCAGUUUCUCACAGAAAAAACUACAAAUUUAUAAAGGGUGAUAUUUGUGAUGAACAUUUUAUGAAGCUAUUGUUUGAAAUUGAAAGAAUUCACAUAGUUCUACAUUUUGCGGCUCAAACUCAUGUUGAUAAGUCAUUUUGGUGCUCUUCAGAAUUCAAGAACGUGAAUAUUUAUGGGACAGAAAUACUAGUGAAAGCUGCUUAUCAGGCUAAUGUUGAAAAAUUUAUUCAUGUUAGUACUGAUGAAGUCUAUGGAGGAAGUAUUAAAGAGGAAUUCAGUGAAACAUCACCUAGAUGUCCUACAAAUCCUUAUGCAGCAUCAAAAGCAGCUUCUGAAUGUGUAGUCAUGUCCUAUUGGGAAAACUUCAAGUUUCCUGUUAUUGUGACCAGAAGUAGUAACGUUUAUGGACCCCAUCAGUAUCCAGAAAAAGUCAUUCCAAAAUUUAUAGCCUUAUUGCAACGUAAUCGAAAAUGCUGUAUUCAUGGAACAGGAAAUCAAACACGUCAUUUUCUGUAUGCUACAGAUGUUGCUGAGGCUUUCCUCACAAUUCUUGAGAAGGGUGAACCUGGCGAGGUGUACAACGUGGGCACAAACUUUGUGUUGUCAGUUUUUCAGCUUGCCAAGGAGUUAGUGCACUUGAUUAAAGAAACUGUUUCAGAAUCAGAACUAGAACUUUGGAUUGAUCAUGUCAAUGACAGGCCUUCCAAUGACUUGGGAUAUCCAAUGAAUUCAAAAAAGCUGCAUAGACUUGGCUGGAAACCCAAAGUGCCCUGGGAAGAGGGAAUUAGAAAAACAAAUACGCCUCAUACGGCUUCUGGACAGCUCCAAAACUCCUCGUUGAAUCAGGAUUAAUUUCAGUUGCUCAAUAGUAAUGGCGGGAUCUGGGAAUGUCAGCUCAUUAAGUUACUUUGCGGUGUGCAUCGCUGCUUCUGCCAGUCUACAGAGCCUCAUAGAUGACUCGUGUUGAGCUAUCAGAUCUGUUCUGAAUCUAUCCCACUUAGCAAAAUUAUUGUGCAUUACAGCUGUUCAUAUUACAGAAAUUUAUCCUGCUGGAAUUCACAAAUCAAUACCCAAACAUUUGCAAUAUGAAUCAUAGGAUUAUUAAUUGUGUGUAGGGGAGGGGGAAAUAACCAAAAAUGCAAGAGCAACAACUAGUUUUGUCCAUCUUUAUUUUCAGUCACUCAGUAUUCUGGGCGUUAACAUGUCAAUUGGGUUGGCGGUCUUUGACACACCCUCUCCAGUCAGAGGACAGGUGGACAGGAUGUCUCUGACAGCGGUGCUGCCACACUCUUCAUCAGGGUUAUUUUCUCUGGGCGUACUGCAUUGUGGGGAAACUGGAAUAGCCGUGGCCAUUUCCUUAACCCUUUAUUCCAUUUUCACAAAGUUUUAACAUGUUGCCUCUCUGAUAUUUGCCACAUCACCUUUCUCCCAUGAACCCCAGUCAUCAAAUCCUACCCAUUUCCCUGAUAGUGCCACUUCCUAAUCCGUGAUUAUUGCACACCAGUAAAAGUGCCUCGCAUAUAAAAUGCACAGCAGCACUGAAACUUCUAUUUGUGUCCUGGGUCUGGUAAGGGUGUGGCAAAGGAAGAAUUUGUCUGUGCCAACUAGCCUAUUGAUGCAGUGACAUCCAAUCCAAAUCUUACUGCCUCAUAGAGUGACUAAAAUCAACAGAUUUGUCACAUUCACUUGAGCCUUGUUCAUCCCCCAAUUCUAACGUUGACCUCAGCUGUUACAUAAUGGGAGUUGGUCACUUUGUUAUCACAGAUAAAAUGGCUUAAUGUGAGAGGGAAAAAACAUCUGUAGGUACACAUCUUGGCUUAUCACAUGAGAAAGGUACUUUUGUAUUUGCAGAAAAUUGCAAUAAAUAUAGUUUUCUCAGUAUAUAAUCACUCUGAAAUGUGGGACCACUAGAUUACACCAUUCAUCAACAUUCCCCAGGAGCCUGUCAUUCACUGUGUAUAUCUUGCCAUUGUUUAACCUCUCAAAGUGCAUCACUUACUUUUGACUGAGUUAAAUUCCAGCUGCUAUUCCUUUGCCUGUUAGAUCCACUCUACCACUUACUAAUUCUGCCACCUACAUUCUUAUUCAAAUAGUUAAGAUAAACAUCAGCACUGAUUGCAGCUACACUACUUAUUCAUAGAUCUCCAGUCUGAAAAGUAGCCUCAGCAAGUCAAGCAGCAUCUAUGGAAAUAAGUAAACAAUCUUCAUUUUGGGCUGAGACCCUUCUUGGGACUGGAAUGGAAGCAGGGAGAUGCCAGAAUAAAAAGGUGGGGGUAGGGGAAGGAGAAUAGCUGGAAGUUGAUCGUUUAAGCCAGGUGGGUGGGAAAGAUACUGGGCUAGAGAGAAAGGAAUCUGACAGGAGUGGACCAUGGGAGAAAAGGAGGUGCACCAGGGGGAGGUGAUAGGCAAGUAGGAAGAGGUAAGAGACCAGAAUGGGGAAUGGAAGGGGGAGGGGAAAAUUUACUGGAAAGAGAAAUCUACGUUCAUGCCAUCAGGUUGGAAGCUACACAGAUAGAAUAUAAAGUGUGGCUCCUCUACCCUGACAGUGGUCACAUCAUUGCAGAAGAGGAGAACAUGAACAGGAAUGGGAAUAGGAAUAAAAUGGUUGGCCACCAAGAAAUUCCGCUUUUGGUGGAUGGUGCAGUGUUGCUCGAUAAAGCGGUCCCUUAAUUUACGACAGGUCUUACCAGUGAUGAGGAGGCUACAGAAGCAGAAUCAGGUGUAUUAUCACCGGCAUGUGUUGUGAAAUUUGUUACCUCAGGAGCACCGGAUAAAGUAGACGACCACAACAGA